CCUGCUUUUCCUUCUGGCCGAGUUCCUUCUCUCUUGCUGCCCAUCUAGACUGUGGGAAGCUUCCUUUCUUCCUUCCUUCCUUCCUCCCUUCUGGGUGAGGCGGAGGGGAGCUCUAGGACUAGGGAGUCCUUUGGGGUCCCAGCUGGCCCUCUUUGGCAAGGGAGGCUCAAGGCCUUGUGAAACUACAAUUCCCAAGGUCCCCUCCCCUUUAGCCACGGUUCUGCAGGAAGAAUCUCACUGUUCAGCUCAGGAAUAUAUCUCCACGCUGCUGGAAAUGCCUGUAUUGAGUUGUUCCAUUGAGUAAGGAAAGACCUGCAGCCCUUUGCCCCUGCACAUUCAAAGCAAGAACCAAAGUUUGGCUUGAAGGGAGGAAGGGGAGGAAGGAGCUGAAUCCUGCAAGUCUGCAGCUGGAACUAGGAACGCCAAGAAAAGGAGGGAAAGCUGGAAGCAUGGUACAGUCUGAACAUGUGACCGAAGGGCUACAGUGGAAAGCACCAGAAGAAGGCAACAACCUUCCAGGUAAAGGGAUGCAGCAGCACUGGGAAGCCCAAUGGCAGGAGUUCCUGAAGACCCUCCAGUCACCUUCCUGGGCAUGGGGAAGCCUUUCGCCAGCAGAGGAGACACCGUGGGACGAGGCCAAGGCCUUCCUGGCCUCCUUUGAGCAAGUGGCCAAAGCCUGUCGGUGGCCAAAGGAAGAGUGGGCGGCCCGGCUGAUGCCCGCUUUGAGCGGAGAAGCAGAGCAGGCCUUUCUGAGCCUGGAAGCCAGAGACAGAGAGGAUUAUGGGAAAGUGAAGGCAGCCAUCUUGAGAGGAGAGACCCUGAGAGCGGAGCUGCAGCGCCAGCAUUUCCGGCAGUUCUGCUGCCAAGAGGUUGAGGAUCCGCGAAGGGUUUACAGCCAAGUCCAGGAGCUUUGCAGUCGGUGGCUGAAGCCGGAGAGACGCAGCAAGGAGCAGAUCCUGGAGCUGCUGGUCCUGGAGCAAUUCCUGGCCAGUCUUCCCCAAGACCUGCAAGGAUGGAUCCGAGGCGGAGGGCCGGAGACCUGUUCCCAGGCUGUGGCCCUGGCAGAGGACUUCCUCCUCAAGAGGCAGCAAGAGGCCGAUUCCGCCAGGUGGCAGGGACUGUCGCAGGAUGUGUGUGUUGGUUCCCUGGAGGCAGAAAGGAAGUCACCAGGUGCUGCUCAGGGACAGAUCUGUGAAGAAGCCAAGCCGGUGAAGGAUGCCGAGAUCCCUUUGCUAGGUGGUGGAAUCAAAGUCCCAAGUCCUUCCAUUUCAGUGUUUCCUCCUGAAGGACAAGUGAAGACAGAAGCUGGGCUUGGUGAGGGUCUGUUGGAUUGCCAUGACACAGGCGCCUCUUUGCACACGGUUGAGCGGACACUGCCCCAGCCGGGCCAACAGACAAUCUUUUGGCAAGUCCUGCAGGAGGAGGGCGGAAACGUCCAGACAUUGGGUGAGGGGAAGGCAACUUUGCUUAAAGUGGAGGUGUCUCAGCAUGGAGGGGAUGAGCUGGAGGAGAGGCCCGGGGCAGUGCCACUCAUAAACCAAGGGGACGGACUGUUGACGGCGGAGACCUGUGGAGAAAGAAGUGCUAAAAAGAGAUGUUGGAUCAAGACAGAGGAUUCUGAGCAGGGGGAAUCUUUGCCAAAGGAAAGUCACAAUGUGCUGGCAGAAACUUUGCAUCAGAGUGUCCCCAUGGCACCCGAAAUCCAUGACCCCAGAUAUGGGUUUGAGAGACAACAGAAGAGAAAGCUACCAGAUGAGGAACAUGAGGAACCAAGUGAGCUGACCCUAAGUCUUAAAUGUGCUGCUAAUGAAACCUCCCAAGUGCCCAUAGAAGGAGGAAAGACCUUGUUUCCCAAGCAUGGAAGAAAAUAUUGCUACAAAUCUGAUCUUGGGGUCACAGGUCUGGUGGAAAACCCUAUAGGAUGCCCCAUGAGGCAGGAAGAUAUCCGGACGACAUCAUUUCUCAGUCAGCCUCAGGAAACCCUUAAAGGAAAGAACCUGCAAGUCAUUUCCAAAUGUGGGGAAAGUCCCCAUCAAAGAUAUGUUUCUGUUCAACACCAGAAUACACACCCAGAAAAGAAACCUUAUGAGUGUCUGGCGGAUCAGAGAAGCUUUAGACACAAACAAACUUUGAAGAAGUAUCGGAAGGGUGAUUCAAGGAGAGAAUUGUUUAUAUGCACUCUCUGUGGGAAAAGCUUUACUUUUAGAGGGAAAUUAACCAUACAUCAGAGAAUCCAUACUGGAGAGAAACCGUACAAAUGUCCUAUGUGUGGGAAGAGUUUUAACCGCAGUGGGAACUUUAAGAGACACCAGAGGAUUCAUACUGGUGAAAAACCAUACGGAUGCCCUUGGUGUGGGAAGUGUUUCAGUCAGAAAGAAAAUUUGACUCGUCAUCAGAAGAGCCAUGCUGGAGAGCAAAGCUGACAGUAUAUCUGAGAAUUCCAGAUGGAGAUAUUUCAAAAGGACCAAGUUCGGGAGGAAUUUCAGAAUUUUUUCCUGAUUUUCCACCCUGGUAUAUCUGAAAAUCAUUCUUCUUCAAUGUUUGUCCUGCUUUAUGGUGGGGUCCACUUUACUGGUUUAUGGCACCAUUUCAUCUGGUUGUGUGCCUGAUCAGGGUGUAUGCCAGCAGUCUUCAGGUCGUUGUGCAACGUUUCCAGCUGGGGUUGUAAAUCAUUAAUAUUGUUGAUCUCUUUGUAAGCAGAUACUUUUCAGGGGUAGAGCAGUGUUUGAAGAGGACUGUCACUGUCACUAUAUUUUGUUAUUACAGAUGCUAUUUUAUCACCCUGAUAAAAGAUCCUUGAGAAGCAGCAAGGUAGCCAGUAUGUGUUUCUUAUGGUGCUGGAUUUGUUACAUGCCAUUAAAGGGACUCAACCUUCAAGACAUUGAGAAUAUUGAAUUGUGCCUUUUUCAUCUUCUUACUAAAGAGGAGACUGGCCUUGAACACUAAGCAUAUGUCAUGGAACUGAAUAAACAUUUACUUUUGUAAGACUUGCUUAUUUGCAGAUCUGUAUUGGAUUAAACCAUUGUUGUCAUUGCUGGAUUUUUGCAAGUAAUGUUGAUUAGGGCAGCUUUAGAUGGUCUUAAAGUCUUUUGUCCUUUGAAGCACAAGAUUGUCCCUUUUUAACAGAGAGAUGACGUGGAAGAGAAUGAAAAAAGGAGGGCUGUGUCUUCAGUGCCCCGAGUAACUUUCCAGAUGAUUAGUUGGAGCAGCUUUUGUAUAAAUUAGCCACGUUUGUUUUUCAUUUCCUAAUCCCAGGUUUAAUGUAGAAAGCUCAAAUGUAAAGUGGGGUUGAUGUAUCAGUACACAUAAAUACGCAUACACUUAAGUGAUCCAAGCUGAGGAAAGACAUUUUGCAUCGGAUGGAAAACAAGAGGAAGCAGGAGGGAAGGCCAGGUGGUACAUAUUAGGAAAGCAGUGGCCAGAAAAAAGACAAAUGUCCUUUUUCUUCAGGUGAUGAAAAGGGAUGUUGGAAAGAGAUGAAGAUAUCUCAGCAGAUGGAAUCAUCACCAGUAAAAGCAUCUCCGAGGAGCUUACUUUUGGGACCACAGUUCUUCUCACUCACAGAAGACAGAGACCGUUCAGGAUUCAUAAGACGGGAUCCCACCUCAGAGAUCAGGAGUCGAAGUCGAAGAAGUUAGUGGAGACAAAGAGGAAACAUACCAAAAGGUGGUGAUAGCAAGGCCUCCACAGACAUGGAGAAUCAUUUUUUUCUCCAUUUAUGAGGGAAAAUACCGCAAUGUGUCAAAUGAGUUUGUUGAUCUAAACCCAAGGAAGAAAGAUGCUGAAUGUCCUGAAGAUGGAGAAAGAUGCAAGAGCCACGGACAGUCUUUACAGAGAUACCAAAGUGUUCCUACGGGAAGGAAACUGCAUAAAUGUCCUACUAGUGAGAAUGGUGUCAAAUUUAGAGUGCAACUAACAAACCACCAGCAAAGUCACAUUGGACCAAUGUUCUUAGUGCGAGAAAUGCUUCAGCCAGAAAGAUAAACUGGUGAAACACCAGCUAAGCCAUACCAAGGGGUGGGGGGGAUCUGUAAAUGCUCUCAGUUUGACAAAUGUUUCACUCUGAAAUCUAACUUAAAGACACACCAAAGAAUUUAUACUGGAGAGAGUCCUUAUGGAUAUUCACAGUGUGGCAGGUGUUUCGCUCAGAAAUCUAACUUGAAGAACCAUCAUACUGGAGAGAAACCCUAUGAAUGCUCUCAGUGUAGCAAGUGUUUCAUUCAUAGAGUCAGAUUGUAGAGGUAUCAAAGAAUUCAUACUGAAGAGAGUCCAUAUGAAUGUUCUCAAUGUGGGAAAUGCUUCUGUCAGAGCCCACAUUUGAGUGGCCACCGCAAAAUCCAUACUAGAAAGAAACCCUAUUGUACCCCGAAUGUGGAAGAGGCUUCCCUUGGCAAUAUCUGUUGAAUAGACACCAGAGAGUGAGUGAGAAGAAUUGUUAUCCAAAAGGUGCACUGAUGAAACAUUAAUAUUUUUGAAGGGUGCUGAGAUAAUGUGUACUCCAUAGUCUGUAGGCCACUGCAAGGUGGGGGGGAAUUGGAAGCCAUCCUUCCUUAAAGGCCUCCCCCAGCAGCAGGUUCAAAUGGUAGACCAGAUUCCUGCUGAGAAACAAUAAUUUUAUAAGUCAAGAUGGACAGUUUUAAAAUACAGAUAAGUGGGUGUUACACAAGUGUUGCCAUUUUUUUUUUUUGCUUUUUUAGCAUCCAGGACCCCCUAUGAAAGCGAAAAACAGAAGGCAAAACUUUAAAAGAGGAAAAGAGUGAAAAUGAACUUGAUUAUAGAAGAAAUUAAGAGGAGAGAACAAGAAUAAUGUUAUAUGCAGACAAUAAUAAAAGUAAUUCUAGUGAC